CAUUUUUUCAUGCAGCAUAAUUGAAUCAAUGUAACAACUGCACCUUCAACUUUACUAACACCUUAUCCAAAGUUGUGACAGCGUUUUUUCACGAUUGUUAUCUAAUUAAUCUAAUGAAAAAUUGUGCUUCUUUAUUCAUUGACCUGAAUGUAGGCUUUCCGACGACCAGAAACAGUCAUGUAAAACCAUGUGUACCAUUUAGGAUUACCGGAUAACUUAAAUAAUUGCAAUUUGUUCAACGUGAUUUUUUGUGUAAAAUUUCGUUGGCAUGAUCAGGCUUGUCAAUCGAGGAUAAUUAAAAGGUGAUCAUAAUUUAUCAGUCCAAUCAACAUCUCCAGCUCUUUCAAUUUGAUUGGUAUUAUCAACUAGAUAAUAUCCAACAAUUACGCAGCGCUUUGUGUUGGUCAAUAAUAAAAUCCAAUAAACUCUUUGUGAACCUAAUCGAGAUAAUUUGUAUUCAUCGACACAUAAGGAUUGAUUGUUCACAAUGGCAACACUCAAAAAAUUAAGUGAAGAAGCCUUAACUCGUCCACCUGAAGAAGUUUUUGACAUUAUUUGUAAAUUAGGCGAAGGCUCUUAUGGAUCUGUAUUUAAAGCAUUACACAAGGAAUCGGGACAAAUCUUAGCAAUCAAACAAGUACCAGUUGAAAGUGAUUUUGGAGAGAUAAUCAAAGAAAUAUCAAUCAUGCAGCAGUGUGAUUCGCCAUAUGUAGUUAAAUAUUAUGGAAGCUAUUUCAAAAGUAAAACUCUAGGAAGCGAUUUAUGGAUUGUAAUGGAAUAUUGUGGAGGUGGAAGUGUCAGUGAUAUCAUGAGAUUAAGAAAGAAAACACUCUCCGAAGAGGAAAUCGCAACCAUAUUAAAAGACAUUCUACUCGGGUUGGAGUAUCUUCAUGCUCGACGAAAGAUUCACCGAGACAUUAAAGCAGGAAAUAUUUUAUUAAACAGUGAAGGCCAUGCUAAAUUGGCUGAUUUUGGUGUCGCUGGUCAACUUACAGAUACUAUGGCCAAAAGAAAUACUGUUAUAGGGACACCUUUUUGGAUGGCUCCAGAGGUUAUACAAGAAAUUGGUUAUGACUGUUUGGCUGAUAUUUGGAGUUUAGGUAUAACAGCAUUGGAAAUGGCUGAAGGCAAACCACCUUAUGGAGAUAUUCAUCCUAUGAGAGCAAUUUUUAUGAUACCCACCAAACCGCCGCCUUCAUUCAGAGAUCCUGACCGCUGGUCAACUGAGUUUAUAGAUUUUGUAUCUCACUGUCUCGUCAAAAAUCCUGAACACCGAGUUUCAGCUAGCAGUUUACUCAAACACGAUUUCAUUAAAAGAGCUUUACCGGUCAGCUCAUUGAUUAGUAUAAUCCAAGAAGCGAAAAUAAUCCAACAAAAACAUUAUAAACAAGACUUGACCGUUAAGGAUAAUAUCAAUUCAUUAACGAUGGUUUCUGAUUUGAACAAUCAGACUCUUAAGUUGUCUUUUUCAGAUGCUCUCUGUCACAGUAGUAAAUCAGAAACUAUCAAAACGAACACAACAGUCUCAGAUAUAGAAUCGGAUCUUGGAACACUUAUAAUUAAUGACGAGUCUGGAGAUGAUGAAAACGGUAAAACAAUGAAACCAGCAUUCAUGCAACAUUUCGAAAGGACCCGAGAAUUAGACAAAGAAUAUAACAGCCCUGUAAAUACAACAAGCAGCGAGGAACGAAAUUUAAAUAAAGAAUUGGCAGAAACUUCAACUUCUAUUACUCCAAUUCAUAAUUUACAAUUACAACACAAUCCAGCACAAGCUCAAACAAUGCUAUUAACAGACCAGAUUCAUCAAUCUGCUUCUCAACAAAAUUUACACUCAACUCAUUCAAAACUAUUACAAUCUCAGGAAGCACAACACCAACACUAUCAACCACAGCAGCCUCAGCAACCUCCUCAAUAUCAACCCAUGUCGCGGGCAGCUAUGCUAGAAAGUGAUUUUGAAUUUCUCCGAUAUUUGCCUACUGAAGAGCUGCUCAAAAGAAUGGCUAAUCUUGACUAUGAAAUGGAAAAUGAGAUUGACGAAUUAAGACGACGAUAUGCGGCCAAAAGACAACCGAUCAUUGAUGAUAUCAAUGCUAAAAGAAAGCAGCAGCAAAAUUUUUAGAUUCAACUAAAUCUAAUAACUUGCCAUUCUAUAAUAUGAACAAUCUAAAUAUCCGCUUACAAUUAGAUGGGUUAUCAUUUCAUUAGUAACACAUAUUACAUUGCUUAUUCAACAUAUUGAUAAAUGAGUGAUAAAUCAAGAUGAACUCUCAAUAGAUGAAAAAUCAAUCAAAUAUUUUAAAUUUGAAUGUUGAUAUUCAAACAAACUUCACCCAACCUACAAUUGACCAAUUUGUUCCUGACUCCAUCGCCUUGGAUUAAUUCAUAUAAAAAGUACUAGAGUUACUUGUGUACUCAAAGAAACUGAAUAACUAUUGACUUGAUUUUAAUCAUGAUGAAUCAGAUACAGUUGAUGCUCUUAAUAUUCCAAAUGUCACGCCGUACCAAUCUUUGCAUCUUCAGAUUCUCGUCGAUUGCGAGAUGGAAAUGAAAAAUAUAAGCUGAUACUAAUUUAUAUGGGAACUUUCAACACCAGAAGUUAACAUGUAAAAAGACUAUUUGAUUGCAUAUUAUUUUCUUAUAAUCCAUGAAUUUGAAAAGCAACAUGUAAAGUGAUAAAAAUCUGAAAAUGCCAAUUUAUUGCCAAUAUUUAUAAUCAAUUGACUUUGUUAUCCAACUAUAGUGAAACCUCGCAAAGGUUGUGAGCGGUCUUGCUGCCUAGCGAUAUUGUUUAUCCAACACAAAUGUAAAAGCGAGGAGAAUCUUGAAUAUCCAAAGACGCCGUUACUAAAUUUUAUACAACCUUUCGAAGUGUUACUGUAAUUUAAUUUGAAUCAUAAACAGGAAAACCCAUCAACAGUAUUAA